UUUACUGUCACUGGUGGCAUUUGGAUAAAGAGAAGAAAAAACUACACAACAAAGCAAGUUGCAAUUGUCUUCAGUGAAGAAAAAAUGCGUACAAAUUGAUACAAAGCACAUAUUUGUAGGAAUAUUAUUGUUAAAAGCGGUGGAAAAUUUUGUAACACAUCCUUCUCGUACUCUUGGUAAAGUGUUGCUGUUGAGAUGACUGCUAAUAUUAACGAUUUGCCGAACGAAAUUCUCGAGUUCAUCUUCAGUUUGCUUCCGCCCUAUGAACCCUUGGAGCACUGCGCUGCCGUUUGCAAGCGAUGGAACUUACUGGCUACAAAUGUAAAGGCACGAAAGAAAUCCAACCUGCAGAAAGGCUUGAUUGAUUCCAACCUUUGUUGGAAGGAAAUUCUUCACGAAUCAACACCCCGAAUUGCGGCACGAUUCGCCCAUGCCAGCUCGUUGCAUCGAAACUCCAUGUACGUGUUUGGUGGCGCGUCGUCCUACGAUACUACGUUCAACGACCUGUGGAAGUUUGAUCUAUCGCGACGCGAAUGGAUCCGUCCAAUUUCGAUGGGAACCUAUCCGUCCCCGAAAGCGGGUGCAUCGCUCGUUUGUCACAACGAUUUGCUGAUUUUAUAUGGGGGUUGGCGGCAUGCGUAUACACCAUUCCACAUGUGUACCCUGAUCGAUGAACUGCACGUGUACAACAUAGCCGAGAAUCGUUGGACUAUUCACAACCAAGCCUUCGGUCCACCGCCGAUGACGGGCCAUUCGGCUACAGUGCACCACAAUCAGAUGAUCCUGUUCGGAGGGUACCAGAAUAACAUGGAAACUCUUCGCGCCUCGAACGAUAUCUGGGUGUUGGAUUUGCAGCGACUUGUAUGGAAGAAGCCCGCUGUUUCCGAUCUAAAACCGUCGCCACGUUUCGGACAAUUUCAGAUGGCGGUCGGAGACGAUCACAUUUUGGUGCUAGGAGGAACCGGUGGCGUGAAUCGUGUGUUCAACGAUGCUUGGCUGCUGGAUAUGCAGCGGGACACUUGGUUGUGGAAGCGGGUGCAAAUCAAGAACAAGAAAAGCACCAUCAAUCAUAACUGGUGCUAUCCGGCGUGCAAUGUCGGCUCGAAGGUGAUUGUGCUAGGACCAACGUCACCGAAUGAUUUUCAAAUCAUCCGUCCGAGUCGUGCUCCACCGGUGGGUCGAGCACGCCCCAGCGCCGAAAAUCAUCGCCAUCGAAUGGGCAUCCCUCAGGGAGUGCAUGGUGCUGAACCAAACAUUCCUCGAAACAAUCCGCCACAGAGACCUAACUUACCGCCACCUCCACCAGCUCCGAUUCAGCCAGUGCCAGUACUGCUAGGGCUACUAUCGAACAAAGAGAGCAAUGCUUCGCCAGCGGCGCCUGCUGCCACACCUAAACCUUCCCCAGUACAAAAUAUGUCUAGCGAAGCGAGACCAGGUCCAUCCGGAUUACGAUCUCCGGGCGGUUCGGCUUCGGCACCGCCAUUACGUUCUAUGCCCAUCAUAAGAAGUGCGUUCGGGCGUCAAUCUUCUGAAGAUGAUCACUUACCGAAACGCUUUAACCAACAAAACAUGGAGCAGAACCAUAUGGCCAUGGUGGCGUUUAGUGUAGAUUCAACGAACCAUUCAUCCAUCGUCUCAAGUUCCCGAGAGCGACAACUCGAGCGACUACGAAAAAUGGAAGAAAAAAUAUCAGCUAUGCGACGAUCCAAAGAGGCGGAGCAACAACUGCAACAGCAGCAACAACAGCCUCAACCUCAACCUCAAUUACAACAGAGGCCCGUAGAUCGACCUCCGAUCGAAGAACACCGACAGGAUGAAGCAAACGAGUCCGGGCAGGGUAACAGAGAUCCUGGCAAUGCGUGCGAGUCAGUCAGCACAAGCGGAUCUGAUCCGGUCACACCGAAACGCGUUAAGCGGAACGGGUUGGCCAUUUAUGUGUGCGAUGUGUCCAACAUACUGCCAACCGGCGGUGCCGAACCUUGCAUUGAAUGGCAGGAGUCGAAAAACAGUGGCCUGAUAGUGGGCGCACCGGAUCACCACACCUUUUCCACGAUGGUCAACGGCAAUGGUGAGCUGAUCGUGUUCGGCGGUUUGAACAAGAACCAUAAAUCGGAAAAUCUAUCCGUUUCCAAUUCUGUGCACUUCCUCACCGUCCCAACGGCUGUCGUGUAAUGGGUGCUCGAUGUGAACGUUUUCCUUUCAACGCUUAGCUAUCGUUCUGAUAUUUGAAAGUAAAUACACCCCAAUAAAUAAAUUCAUUGCACUGGCAGCACUACGCGGGCGAGUGUGGUUUGUACAUACAGAAAUCCUCGGUCCUGGUAUUUAUGUCGCUGGGGCAGAAUUAGCUUUCUCAGGCGUUCAUAAGUAUCUGUAUUAUAAUCGAAUAAAUUAAUAAAAAUAACUCGGGU